UUGGUUCCCCGCGGCCAGAGUCUCGGAGGGCCUCCCCGCGCUAUCGCCCGGGGGCCAAGAAGACGCCACCCGGGCAGCGCCUCGUCCUCGCAGCCGGCGGCGGGAAGCGAGCGUGGCCUCCGAAGCCUAGGGGGAUCCUGCGAUCCCUUUCACCGGCGCCAUGGCAGUCCCAGGUUGCAACAAGGAUAGUGUUCGAGCAGGGUGUAAAAAAUGUGGCUACCCUGGUCACCUGACUUUUGAAUGCCGCAAUUUCCUCCGAGUAGACCCCAAGAGGGACAUAGUCUUGGAUGUCAGCAGCACAAGCAGUGAAGAGAGUGACGAAGAGAAUGAGGAACUGAAUAAAUUGCAGGCACUACAAGAAAAAAGAAUAAAUGAAGAAGAGGAGAAGAAAAAAGCAAAAAGCAAAGAGAAAAUCAAGUUGAAAAAAAAAAGGAAAAGGUCUUAUUCAUCCAGUUCUGCUGAAGAGGACACCUCAAAACCAAAGAAACAAAAAUAUCAGAAGAAAGAAAAGAAAAAAGAAAAAAAGAAUAAGUCAAAAAAGGGGAAACAUCACAAAAAAGAAAAAAAGAAGAGAAAAAAGGAAAAGCAUUCUUCCACCCCUACUAUUUCUGAAAUCUCCAAAAAGUAACAGACUAUGGCUUACACCAUUAACUUUAAAAUUUUGAUUUUGAAAAUGAUUUCACCUUCUUUGGAAUUUGCUAUAUAAUUAUGCUUUGCAAUAAAUUACUGGCUUGUUCAUAUGGACAUUUUUUCCACAUAUGGGACCAUUAUCCUCUAGCAAUAUAUUUUUAACAUACUAUGAUUUAAAAGUACGAAUCAGUCUUAUUACUUGAUAGCUGUGCCCCCAAUAUGGAUAUCUGUACAUACAAACACAUCAGUUUUCGUAUCCGUGUCUCUAUGUUUGGCUAGUAUUUUACUUUAUAAGUUGAUUGUACUACAGUCAACACUGGUAAUCUACCUAGCAGUUAAUAAGUAUUGCCGAAUCAAGUGUCUGCCUUCCAGUGAUGCAGUGAGAUAGGGGAUAAUGCUUUGCUCUUGACACUGAUAAAUUUAAUAGCUUUUUAUAUCCUAUGAUAAUGUAUGAAGAUAGUAAUAUUCUUCACUACUGGUUUUUAAUCUCUGGGUUUUUUUUGGAUGUCAUAGAAAAUGAAGCUGAUUUAUAGACCUUGACUAGAACUUUUUAAAUGAAUGGAAGAGGAUAAUGAAAAUAUUGUAUUUAUAACUAAGUUUCAUUGUAUUACGACAUGCAGCAUUUCUAGUACCUGCCUCCUUAUUUUUAUAACAAUUAAAAUAUUUCUUCCUGUUUAAAAACACAAGCCUGGUUCAGCCUAUUAGUCUCGUAGAGAUAAUGUUGUGUUGGGCAGGAUUUUUAGAAUAGACUCCUAGGUUGUUUUACAAAUGUGCCAUAUUGGCAUGUCUCAGAGUGAUACCUCAAGAACAGAACUUUUAUUUAGGAGAUGACAGCAAAAUCUUCAUUAUAACUGAUUUUUAUUGUUUCCAAUAUGUAAAUUUUAUGAAACUUGUUUCUAUGUGGAAAAUUUUUAUAAAUGUGAACAUAUAUAUUUAUUUGUCUGAAAUAAUUUGUAGUUUUGAAGCAGGUUUCACACUGAAUUUAUGCUUUCAUAAAUGACUAGUUUGGGGUGUUUCUUUCUUUUACUUCAGUCAUAAACCUCAGGAGCAGUGAUAAAAAUUUAGGAUUAAGAAUUUUAUUCUGUACUUUUUAAAAUUUAAGAACCAGGGAGUUGCAUCAUGAAAGUCUUUAUAUAAUGGGAAUUUUAUAUGGGUAAGCAUUUUCCAACAAUAUUAGUCGAUAUGUUUCUUACAUUUGAACUGUCACAAUGAUCAGUGUUAGUGAUUUUGCUUAACAUUUGGGUAUCCCUUAUGCCCAAUAACUUACUUUUAUUGUAGCAGCAUCAGGAGUCAAAUCAUUCCCAAUGCACAGCACCAAAGACUGCAGGUACCUCAGUGCAGUGCAGUUAUGAGUUUUAAAAUUGGUAACCCACAGACAAGGCUACAGAUGAACUCAUUAUGGGGAAAUCAGGUAAGUACACGUAACCUCACUGGCUGGAGAGGUGUACUGAUUCUUUCUUCACCAUACACCCCUACCUGGCAUGACUUCAGUAAGCCUCGGAGCCUCACAACUCCUGUGGCCAUAUGCUUACCAUGCUCAGCUUCUAGGGAUGCUGCAGCCACAUCUCUGUCCUAUCGCAUUACAGCCACUGACAGCUUUUCCAUACCUAAUUAGUCAUAUGACCAUGAAAAGAAAUUAUCUUGUUUAAAUUAAGUUCAGUCAGCUGUUUGGAGAGAAACACAGAGUUAGGUUUUUAAGGGCUUAUUUUUCUUUGACUGUACUUUAUGUAUUUUUGAAAACUGUAUUUUCUGAAAAUAUAUCAAUAGUUCUUUGUCUAUCAAAAUGACCAACUAAGUACAAAAAUCUUUUUUAAAAUGAUUGGAAAGAUCUGUAUGCAAAAGGAUGGUCUCAUCCUCUCAAGUGUGUAAUGUGAUUAAAUAAGAUAAUUUUAGUGAAUAGAGUUAAUUUGGUUAUUCGUAAGUUUCAUUCUGUUAAUUGUAAAGAUUAUAAUUUAGCUCAUUAAAUUUGUUUCUGCAUGGUGACAUGAUUAAUAAUGGUUUAGAGAGUUAUAUAAAAUUUAGCUCUCAUUAACUCUAGUACACAAAUUAAAAGAUUUUAAUGGUAAUUAUUUUCCCCCAGAAACAAUCUUGGAAUUAUUCUUAAGUAAAUUUUCUAUCAUAUGAGAAUAGUUUAUGAAACACCUCUGCUGAAUUAAAUAAAUUUAUUUUUACUAAAGUAAUUUUCUUCUAACGUCAUAUUAUUGUUAUUGGUCUUCGAUGCAAAUCUCAGUAGUAUAUUUUAGGGGAGAAAUAGUGAAAUUUCUUCUCCGGCAGUAUUAGCAGGAAGGAACGUCAAUUUUAUAGUUAAAAAAUCCAAAAAGUCCUGGACUUUCGUAACUACCUAUGUGACCUUCUUCAGAGUCAUUUUAAUUUCUCUUGGCCUUGGCGUUUUUCAUCUAUAAAACAUUGUAACAAAUUAUCUCUAAGAUCCCUUUCAGUCCUUAAUGUAUGAGUAUUGAUAUUUUAGUAAAAUCCAACUGAUACUGUUCAUUUUAGAAAUUAUUACAAAGGAGCAGGUAGCAGUCUGCAAUGAUAAAGGUCAAAUUUAUUAAUUCUACUGUUAAGCACACUCAACUUCUAUAAGCAGAAAAUUGAUAUUUGGUUCACUUCCUCACCAUCCACUGCACCAUUUUUGCCAGAUGCAGACAGAAUUUUUGUUUAGACCUGUAUCAGUAAUCACAUUAUCUGAACAUUUUGAGGCUACUCCUUUUGGGGUGAUAGACCCACUCCCCACACAAUUCCCUCUUUUCUCUGGAUCAUCUGUUGAAUAAAAUCUCUCUGAGGACUUCCCAGUGCUUCACAUUUAAUACUCACUGUACGUAUCUAUUCUUACCACUCUCAAAUUAUAGAGCCCAAUGUCACCUUCAGUUAAACUAGGUUGAAGAGUUGUUAAUAGUGUUCAUAAAAAUGCCAUCGUGGCCUUUCUUCAACAAACAUUAAUUGCACGCCUAGCACGGCAAACACUCUGCUAAGCACUGGGGAUACACAGAUUAAAAAGACUCGCUUGCUUCCCUGAAGACAUUCGUCAUUCAGUCGGUAGGAGAAACAUCACUUUAGUGCAGUAAUUGACUGGAACGUGGGUUAGAGAAGCACAUAGGGGUAUUCACCUGCUCUGGAGAAGUUGGAAGAGGCUCCUUAGGGAAAGUUGUGCUUGAGGUGCAUUUUGAUUGAGGAUGAGGCUGGUGGGUAUGGUAGUUCCUGACCAGUGGGCAUUGUGAACAAAGACCACAAUGGAGGCUGGGGGGUCUGUGUGUCAGAAAUAACAAGCAAUAUGGGAGGCAGGAAGAGGUAAGAUUUCAGACUCCCAUUCUAGGUUCUCAGGAACAAAAGGAGGAGGUCUUAGGUUCCAUGUUUAGAGAGUUUGGACUCAAAUGGGUAAGCAGUGAGGCACAAUGACAGAAUUUUAAGGAAAGAAAUGACUUACUGGGGUUUGGUUUGUAAUUCCUCCAGUUUUAAAAGAUGAAGUUGCUCUCAUUAGAAGGCCACAUAAGAAUGAUUACAAUCUUUAUGUCCUAUUAUUUGUACUCUUCUAGUCCCGCUUUUCUAAGAUCUGGUUAUUACCGAAAAUCAUACAGUGACUUGUCUCCUAAAAACACAUAAAGUUACAGUGUUAUCAGACCUGUCCCCAGAAUUACAUGCAUAUGUACGUACUAUGAAAUGUGUUUUGUUUUUAAUUUUAUUUUAGAUUAUUUUUGACUGACAAAUUCUGUGCUAUGUUAGUAUUUGUUAUGUCCAAAUAAAUAAUUUAAAAUGUA